AUGUUCAAGAGGACGAUAUCGGCUGUAGAAAAUUGCAGUCCAUCGGUGAUCCUUGCUGGUGACUUCAAUUCGAACCCCUCGAGUGAUGUGUAUGCAUACCUAAAUUCAGACAAUAUACCGAUUGUGUGGCCUUUGGGAGGUGAAGAAGAAGACACUGAAUUUUGGACUAUGCAGUGCGUAUGGAUUCACUAAAGGAGAGCCAAAGUUCACAAAAUAUGUGCCAGGAUUUGCUAAAACACUCGAUUACGUGUUAUUCACGCCUUCUGAUUUUAUUUCACCUAUGAAGCUCUUGGAUUUCACCCGAUGUAGUCCAUUUCUUACCUAAUAAAGUCACCCGAGUGAUCAUCGGCGUUGAGUUUCAGAUCAACCAAAAAAUAUUGCUAUAAUUAUAAUAUCUUUCUCUGAUAGUUGGCCAAAACAUAUUUAGAUUUUAAUUUAAUAUUAUUUUAGGAAAACAAAAUGUUUAAAUCAUUUGACUGCGUGAGAUAAUAAGCUUUUAGACCUAA